AUGUCUUCGCUGGAGCGGCCUUCGACGGCCAUUGUCAGAGACUCGUCUCGGCCUGAACCCGCGGAUGACCAGCUCCUGGAACUCCACCAAAUCCAAACACACGAGGAUGACGAGUUCGCGUACUCCUCCCCCUCAGCCUCCUCCGGCGACGAUUGUCGUGGUGCCGUCCGUCAGAUCACACGUACGACAACCCAGGGCUCGCAACGCGGCUCCUCGGGGCCGUGGCGCAGAUUGUGUCGAUUCUGGACUCAUCACGUUACCCUGACCGUUCCACAAAAAAGCAAUCGAGAUCACCUAGCGUUGGAGCGUACAUUCCUGGCUUAUAUUCGAACGUCGGUGGCCAUUGCGAUGCAAGGGGUGGUGAUUGCCCAACUUUUCCGCCUCCAACGAUCUCCGAUGAAGGAAGACAGGCUCAAAUUUUAUGAUGUGGGGAUUCCGCUCGCUGUCACUUGCCAUGCGGUGGCCGUCGUAGUAGCCUUGAUCGGCGCAUAUCGAUUCUGGAGGCAACAAAGUGCUAUUUCGAGGGCGAAAGUACACGCUGGUGGGUGGGAGUUGAAUUCGGUGGGCAUUCUUCUCUUUGGGAUCAUCCUGGCCACCCUUGUCCUCACCGUCGCGAUAAUCGUCGAAAUCGAGAAGGCCUCAGGUUCUCUUCUCCGCCGGCUUACAAAUCGAUAA